AUGACAGUGAAAGCACUUUGCCGACGAGAUGCGACACUUUUAACUGCAGAAGCUGCCCUUAGAUAUAUGCUACGAAAAUUAAAUAACCAAAAAAUAAGUUUAUCUAAAUCUCUGGCGGAAGCUCUAAGAAAGCGCAUAUCGGAAAUACGACAACCUAUGACUGCAAUUUUACAGUAUCUUCAUAACCCGGAAGAAUAUUUCAAAGAAAUUGCAGAGACACGCCGAGAUAACCAUCCAGAGUUUCCUAGAAUGAGUUGUGAUGAAAUGAUUACUUCAAUUACUGAACAUAUUCAUCGAUUGCAAGAACAGACUCUCAACUCUCUACAAAACAGGAGUGCGAUGAGCUCAUCUACUGCCGCUUCUGCUUCUGGUGAAAAGGAAACAAGUGAAGAUGAUACAGGUACUGUUCUGUGA